CACCACCACCAUGUCUGUCACCGCACUCAAGCGUUCAAUCAACUUUGGCUACGGCAGCAAUCUUUGGCACGAGCAGAUGGACGAACGCUGCCCGGAUCACAAAUUCUUGGGUAUAGGGAUCCUCCGGGACUGGCGCUGGAUCCUCAAUGCGCGCGGGUACGCCAACAUCGUGCCCUCGCCUGGCGAAGCCGUGUACGGCGCUCUAUAUGAGCUCUCCCAAGAUGACGAGGCCAGGCUCGACAUCUACGAGGGUGUACCCGAGUCCUAUGAGAAGCAGCACCUCUCAGUGGAGUACCUAGGAUCGCAGGAUGGAGUUGCGACCAUCGUCGAUGGCGACAAAAAGAUCAUCGAGGGCUCCCUCGCCUAUGUUGACGUGCAGCGAACGGAGCCACACAACACGCCUCAGGCCGAAUACAUCCCACGAAUGAACCAUGCCAUCGCGGAUGCCCUACGCGAGGGUGUCCCGGAGGACUACAUCGAAAAGUAUAUACGGAAGGUCAUUCCGAGGUCGUGAAUAGCGAAUGUAGGCCCGCAGUGAAGGAGGAAGAAGAGAAAGCGAAAUACAGUAAAGUGUUCCUGUCAAUACCUGAUCAUA